AUGUUUAUCUCCCAAUACUUUCAUUACUUCAUCAUCCAGGGGAUACCUGCCAUCCAGGGGGGCGUGGUCAACCUGGCCGAGCUGCUCAACAAGGCCAACGCAGGUGACUCAGAGGAAGCGAUGGCUGCCAGCGCUCUGGACUCCAACAUCCAGCACGCCACCGUGGUCAACGAGGGGGGUCAGAGGGUCAUCACCAUAGUAACAGACCAGCAUGGCAACCUGCAGACCACAGGAGGGAUGGCGCCGCCGUUCUUUGUCACCAUGCAGCACGGACAGCAGAUGCUGGCGGUGCCCGCCAACACGGUGACGGAGGAGGUGGUGACGGAGGAGCCGCAGCCGCCGCCCUCCAGGAAGAGGAAGCUGGAGGUGACCAACAACCACAACGACACAGGAGAGACGGAGCUGCUGCAGAGGCAGCUGCAGGAGGCCAACAGGAAGGCGCAGGAGUACCGGCAGCAGCUGCUGCGUAAGGAGCAGGAGGCCGAGGAGUACCGCAUCAAGCUGGAGGCCAUGUCCCAAAGUCAGGCCAACAGCACCAACGCCAACACCACGGCCGCCAGCGCUGCCGCCAACGCAGCCAGCCCCGAGGAGGUGGUGGGAGGGGAGGAGGACGAGGAGGAGGCGGCGGCCGGCAUGGUGGAGGAGGAGGGGGAGAUGGUGGUGCUGCAGGAGGGAGGCAUCAUCAUGGAGGGGGAGGAGGGUCAGGUGACGCUGGUGGAGACGGGCGGAGAGACGACGGAGGUCGGCUCCUAACAGAGAGGAGGUAUGAGGAGGAGGGAGGGCGACACACCGACGGACAGAUCAUUACAGGAGGAGGCUGGUUUCAAGUGUGCGCCAUUUUGAAUCCCCAAAAUACAACAGAGAGGAGACACAAAACGGCUUCCCAAAAAACAUUCUUAGAAAAAUGAUUAAAACCGAGGAGUCUGUCCCUGCGCCAUUUUGAAUCCUUGAAUGAUUUAACACUUCAGAAAAUGGCAACACAGCAGGAGAAAGACCCUAAAAAACAUGACGGAGGAGUUUAGCCAUGCCCCAUUUUGAAUCCCAGAAAAAUGUAAUAAUAGUUGGACAGGGAGGCAAAUGGCUUUCCCAAAAGGACAAAACAGUUGGAAGAGACGGGCGGACUGAAAACAAACAUGAAAGAAGUUUGGCCGUGCACCAUUUUGAAUCCUUAAAUGAGCCAAUAGCCACACUUCUGAGAGAGAAACAGAAUGGCAACACAGCAGAAAAACAGUCUAAGAAAGGCCUAAACAGGCAUGAUGGAGGAGUUUAGCCAUGCCCCAUUUUGAAACCCAUAAAAAUUUUGAUGAUAACACGUUGGAGAGGGAAGCAAAAUGAUUUCCCCAAAAGGACAAAACAGUAGGAAGAGAAAGACGGAUUGAAAACAGACUAAACAGAUGUGAUGGCGGAGUUUAGUUGUGCGCCAUUUUGAGUUCCCACUUGUACUGUAACUGAAUGCCUUUUUAAUCGGGAUGCAAAAUGGAUGGAGACCAACUGAGGAGGAAAAACGCAACCACGUGUUUACCCUUUUUUGUUCUUUUUAAAAAAAAAAACACAAUCAAUGAUCCCAAAUAAAAAUAUCAACAUGGACAGUUUGGGAAGACGGCCACGUCUGUUUCCUGAGCAUUUCUUUAGAGCACCGUUUUGCUUCCCCAUUUGACUCUGAGUAAGCGCUUAUAAAGACUCGAUCACUAAACCCAAGGAUACUCAAACAGCGGGAAUUUAGUUUUUGUUUUUUUGAUUUAACAUUUUCGUCCUUUUUUUAUGGUUAUCCCCAUUUUAACCUAUUUUUAUCCCUUCAUUUUUGUCCAGUUUUCGUCCGUUGGUUGUUCAUCUGAUGCCUUCAUAACUCUAAGUCUUGCUAAACUGGGACCACGUUGUUAAACCCAGCUACUCAAACCUUGCUGUAGCUUGCACCAUUUUGCUUCCCCGAGAGGGAGCAGACAAAACAAGGCCGUGACUGUGAGCGCAGAGGAAACAGAUGUUUGUCAGCAUUCUUUGUACACUAAAAUAACUCUGAACUGCUUUCUUACUUUUUUUCAUAUUGUGUUUUUGUUGUUGUUUAUAAUACGUUUUGUUUUUGGAUGUGAUGUCAUCAUGUUUAUGAACAACCUCCCUAAAAACUGAGUGGGGAUAUCAAAUGGUUUCAUUGAAGCUGUGUAUAAAGCAAUGGGAAUCAUUUUGGGGUAAAAUAUCUAUUUUCCUGCUUUUUUGUGCAUCUCAACAAACCAAUUUAUGAUUGACUAUUAAAAAAAUCGUCUUUAUUCCCAAAUUGACUUAAAGAACUGAACCAGAUCCAUCAUGGAAACGUUUAAUGUCUAAAACCAGCUGUUUCCCGUCAUCAGGUGGUUGUGAGCUUGUUGGGUCCAGCAAGACGGCACCUUGUUAUUGUUUUCAUUUUUCAUAAUUGAUUAUUUUAUAGAUUAGUUUAGAAAGACUCCCAUCACAGUUUCUACAUUUAACAACAGUUCUUAUUUUCAGGCGAUUAUCCACUAAAUUCAUUCCAUUUCUGUCAUUUUCCCCCUGAAAUCCUGCUCACACCGGACCUUUACGCCCACCUGUGUCAGUAUUUCAUUGACUAAAAACAACUUUAAAAUGUGUGAAUAUGCAGCAUGUGAGCAAAUAAGAACUCAGAAAAUUAAGGUGUUAAAAUCAGACACAAAGCCACUCUGCAAGAACAGAUUUAGCGAAUAAUGGAGGACUCACUUUAUUUGUUUUUGUACAUUAUUGGUGCAGUUUAACAUUUUAUCAUCAAAAAACACAUUAACGUGGAUCCAAGUGAAUAUUUGUAGGGAGGAAAUGUCACAAACCUUUUCUCUGUGUGUGUAAACAAGAUGUUAUUUCGACGAGACAACACUUUUAUAACUUUAGCAGAAAAAAAUAAACAAUCUGUGAUAAGUCGUCUCUGCAGCCGGCAGAGGAAGGAAGCUCCACGUAAAAUCUGCUUCCCAAAAAGUAAAAUGGUCAUUGAUGAAACAUCUGAAGUCAUCGGUCUUUUAAAAGUGUCUCGGCUGUGGUUCGUUUGUGUUUCCUGUCCUGGUUCAGCUCCGGUCAGUCCCACAGUGAUUAUUGAUGACUGUCUAUCAGCUGAUCGGCCCGUCGUGCUCCUUCCCGUCUGAUCAGCGAUUACUUUGAGUCGAGUAUGAUAGUUAUUUUUAUAAGCUCAGCGAAGCCAACCUUUUUC